CUUGAAGACCACGAUAUUUAGCACCUUGGACAUAUUUGAGCGAAGAAAUAAAACAAUGAAUGAACAGGAGGAAAAUUAUAUGAAAGAAGAUCAUUUGACAAAAGAAAAUAGACCAGAUCAAGACGACGACUCCAUGGAGAUUGAGAAAACUGAAGGAUCAACAGCUCAUAGAGAUCAAAAUGGAAAACAGCAUUCGUUAGAAGGAAAAGAGCCUGUUGAGAACAAAAGAGGUAAAAGAAUGUUUGGUGCUUUACUCGGAACUCUUGGUAAAUUUCAAAAGGAAGCAGAACGUGAAAGGCAAUCGCAGACGCGCUCAAGGCGCGCUGAAUUAGAAGAAAAACUAGCCAAGCGUCAACAAGAAGAAAAAAAGGAGUUUGAAUUACAAGAAGCAAAAGAAAGAGAACAAAGGGAAAAGGAAUUGACUGAAGAAAGGAAGAUUGUUAUGGAUGAUAUAGAUUUGGACUUGAAGGAUUUAAAACAAACAUUAAGGAAGCAAGAAUCUACGUUUUUGAAGACAGAUACCGAACCUCACUUGUAUUAUAGACCUUAUUAUUUAUUGCCUAGCCAAAAAGCAUACUUGGAUCAAGUCAAAGAAGAAAAGGAUUAGUUCAUUUUAAGGAGAACUUAAUUUUGUGGAUAUAUUUAUUGAAAUACUUGGCGUUUUUUCCUUGUGAAAUAUCGGUAAUUGCAAGAAGAGAACCAAAACGUGCAAAGUGAUUGAGGCUAAAUAAUUACAUUACAGGAUAGAAGACGGGAAUAGUGUCUAUUGACGAUUCUUAAUUUUGGUUCUGGAAUUUCAAUGUAGAAGAGUCUGUUAACAAGACAAACUGAAUACCUUUUAUACAGUUAAUCACAUAUCGUGCUAUAGGUGUACACCUUUUCUACAAGAAAACAAAAUUUCAAAUAAUUCAUGGAUUCAACGUUAGUCAUAAUUGUUAAAUUGUGCUACUUCUUGGUAAUGGAGUGGUAAAACGAUUAUGUAUCUGUUGAAUGCAAAGACAAAACAGCGAACUGGCUUUUAUACUUGCCGAUUCUAGACGUGGGCUAUGAAUUACUUUUAAAUAUAUAUUAAUUAACAAAUGGGACACUACGUGCGGAUUUCACUAGCAUGUUUUUUUCUUUUUUUU